AUGGGAACCUCCACUCCAUCAGGCAGCAAGGAUGUUCUGAGUACACCCUUGGACCCGAGGGCGCUGCGGGGCCUUGUGGGGCACGUGGCCAGGCCCUCCCCGCCUGCUACCGGAGGGCGGAAGCCGGCGCCGGGCGGCAUUCUCACUCUGGCUGGGGAGCCGCUGCCCGGGAAUGGCGCAGAGCUCUCGCCCCCGCACCCCUCUCCCCGCCUGCACCUGGCGGGGGUGCCCUCCCUCCUCUGCAGGAGCCCAGAAGGGACAAAAGCCAGGAUAGAUGAUCAAGCAUGGUAUUUGAGAACUUCAAAGCUGGCUCUGGCCUUGGCAAUUAUCCACUCAAAACCAGCAGACAAAAGCAGCAGAGAAUACACAGGGCAUCUUGCAAGGAUGCUGUCUGGGCAGGAAUCAAAGUGGAGAGCAAAAGUCAAAGCCUUGGAAGCUGAAGUUCUGCAAUUACGUCAAAAACUUCUUCUGAGCAGGAUUUGUUCAGGAUCAUUUGAGACUGGAGGUCCAUCUUCCCAGUUGCAGGCUCAGGAACCUAGAAGUUCUGAAAACACUUCGACUCUGCUGGAAGAUUCUGGGUGCGGUUUAUCAAAUGAUCAGAGAACUGAACCUUCAGAGAUGACCGAGCAUUCUGGGGAGAGCUGCAUCUCCACCCCCUUCCCACCACUGUCCAUUGUGAACAGACCUUGUGCUCCUCUGGAAAAGCCUCUGUCUUCUCACAUGCAGUUCUUGCAACAUCUGCUUGGAUUGAAGACCUUGACCCAGUCAGAGAGUCUGAAAACAGACUCAAGCCACUUUGAAAACGCCUCUUGCACAGUAUCCGAUUCUGUUUUUCAGUUGCUGGAUGGCUUGAUCACUUUUUACCAAGAACCCAAACUUCCUGGUUCAAGCUUUUGGAUCGAAGCUGUGGAUACUUUAGCUAGACUGAUCAGUGAUUGUAACUUAUCUAAUCAUAUUCUUAAAAAGCGUUCCAAGAAGUUGGAAGAAUUUGAGAAGACCCUGCUACAGGUUAUUUUAAGGAACAGCCAUAUCAAUCGCUUUCCGGUGCAGCAUUAUGUCUCUCAGAGUCUGGUAACCCUGGGAAGUUUCAGCCUGUUGAGAAAAUCUAUAAUAUCUCUGCUUCUGUCAGAAGUAAACAGCUUCGCUGAUGAUCUGAGUGCCAUCAAUCAGGUGCAAGCCAGUUACAAUGUGACACGCUAUGAAAAUAUUUUCUGGGUUCUGGAACAACUACUUCAGAAGGAAACCAAAGAAGGCAACACUUCAAGAAUAGGGCAAGAGGAUCAAGAAAUCGAGAAAUUUCUUCAAAAGCAUGAUGAAACUAUUUUGCAACUCUCGAAUGCAUUUCCUUUAUUUACUUUUUAUUUAUGGAGACUGGGCACUCUCUUGAACUCAGCAGAGACAGGAACUGUUGAAAAUAACUCUCUUCCUUAG